AUGGAUGCAAGCUAUGUACACAUCGAGAAGGCAGACAUUUACUUCCUUAUUGACGGGUCUGGCAGUAUCCACCAAGACGACUUUCUUGCAAUGAAGGUGUUCAUGAAUGAGGUGAUAAGGAUGUUCCACGUUGGGCCCGAUGGAGUCCAGUUUGGAGUCGUUCACUACACGGAUAAAGUCAGUUGUCAGUUCACCCUCAGCCAGCGCUCCAGUGUGGCGGGGCUGGAGGUAGCUGUUGACAGCAUCCGGCAGAAGAGAGAGGCCACCAAGACAGGUGAGGCCCUGGGCAGCAAGAUCCAGGUCUUUGCAGACACUGCUCGCAGCAACGUGCCUUGGUAUCUCAUCGUUGUCACCGAUGGCAAAUCUAUGGACCCGGGGGCUGACGCUGCAGAGGCGCUGAGGGGCCACGGAGUCACCAUUUAUGCAGUUGGAGUCAGAGAUGCUAAUAUUGUUGAGCUUCAAGAGGUCGCUGAAGACAGAAUGUUUUUUGUGCAUGAUUUUGAGUCCUUGAAGGCCAUCCAACAAGAAGUGGUACAAGACAUCUGUUCCUCAGAGACCUGUAAGAAUAGGAAAACGGACAUUAUCUUCCUGAUGGAUGGUUCAGAAUCCAUCUCGCCAAAAGACUUUGAAAAGAUGAAGGAGUUCAUGAAGCGAAUGGUCAAACAAUCUAAUAUUGGUGCUGAUGAAAUUCAGAUUGGCCUCCUGCAAUUCAGCUCAGACUCCCAGGAAGAAUUCAGGCUCAACCGAUACACCUCAAAGGUGGACGUCCACAGAGCCAUCUCAGAUGUUAUGCAAAUCAAUGGUGGCACAUACCCUGGGAAAGCUCUGAACUUCACUCUGACUUUUUUUGGGAGUUCAAGAGGAGGGAGGCCCAGUGUCCAUCAAUAUUUGAUUGUGGUCACUGAUGGGGUCUCCGGGGACAAUGUAGCUAUACCAGCCAAGGCCCUGAGGGACAGAAACAUAAUUAUUUUUGCCAUUGGGGUGGGCAAAGUCGAAUUCUCCCAGCUUUUGGAGAUCACUAAUGACCUGAGCAAAGUGUAUUAUGAAGAAAAAUUUGAGUCCCUGCAAAAUCUGUAGAAGGAAAUUCCUUACCAGGUCUGCAUUCCACAAGAGGGCAAGCACAAUGUAGAUGUGUCUGUAGGAAUCAAUCUCUCCACUUCCACGAGGCAAGUUCAGCUGAGGCUUCAGUGGUUAUUGCCAAAGCUGAUGCAGGAGCUGGCUGUGCUUUCCAAUAUCAGCUGUGAUGUUACGGGCCAGACCAACGUGAUGCUCUGCUACCACGGAGCAUCAAAGGGCCAGCUCAUCUUUGACUCAGGAUUUGAAAAGUACAGUGAUGAGACCAUUCAGAAGUUCUUGAUUCACCGGGGUGCCAGGAGCAACCAUAUGGAUGUGGAUUUUUUGCAGUCCCUGACAGAGAGUGCUAUCCAUCUGUCUUAUGCCAAUGUGAAGGUCCUGUUAGUGUUUAAAGAUGGGCCAGAUGAUGAUCUAGAGAAACUGAAGGAAGUAUCUGAGCUUCUUGGCAGCAAAGGAUUCUCUGGACUCCUGACUAUUGGCCUGGAAGGUGUCCAUAAGUUAGAGGAGCUCCAGGAGCUAGAAUUUGGCAGAGGAUUUGCAUAUAAUCAACCUCUGAGCAUCACACUGCACACCCUUCCGAGCAUCUUACUGAAGCAACUUGACACAAUUGUAGAAAGAACAUGCUGCAAUAGGUAUGCUAAGUGCUUUGGAGAGGACGGGCACAGAGGUGAUGGUGGGAGCCCAGGGGGAAAGGGAGAGAGAGGUUUUGAUGGGUUACCUGGUUACCCUGGUGAAGAAGGUAGCCAUGGAGAAAGAGGCCCCCGAGGCCUUUCUGGACCCCGAGGUGAGGAAGGUUGCUGGGGUGCACGAGGUCACAAGGGAGCAAGAGGAUUUUCAGGAGAAAAAGGCAACUCUGGUGAGGAGGGUGUUGAUGGCUUGCAUGGAGACCAGGGUGAUCGUGGAGUCCCAGGGUCAUCAGGAGAAAAAGGAAAUUGAGGAAAUAGGGGCUUGACGGGACCACCCGGACAACCUGGAGAGCAUGGAGCGCCUGGGUUAAGGGGAGAUCCUGGGGAUCCUGGAGUUGAUAGUUUCAUCCAAGGCCCUAAGGGAGAAAAGGGAAGGCGUGGACACCAGGACAGUUCCGGUAUUGAAGGACUUCCGGGGGAAAUAGGAAAUGUCGGCCCUCAGGACUCCAGAGGAAGAGGAGGCCUGCCAGGGCUGAAGGGUGUGCGUGGAGAAUCAGGUGAAGAGGGUUCCCAGGGAGAGCUUGGGUCUCCAGGUUCACAGGGACCAAGAGGAAGGCAAGGACCACCAGGAAGUUUUGGAGAAAAAGGCUUCGUGGGUGCUCAGGGGAAUCCUGGGCCUCCAGACCCAAAUGGUUCAAAAGGAAAAGAUGGACCAAGGGGAAUGAAGGGAGAGCUUGGUGAUGUAGGAGAAAGAGGACUGCCAGGUCUACAAGGAGGAAGAGGGCAACCUGGUCUUUCCGGUCCAAAUGGAUAUGGACAUCCAGGAAGAAAAAGAACAAAGGGUGAACCUGGAUUUCCCGGCUACCCUGGUGCACAAGGAGAAGAUGGUGACCCAGGCCACCAAGGAGAGAAGGGGGCAAAGGGAACCAGAGGGAAGAGGGGUAAUGCUGGACUUCCUGGAUUUGCUGGAACUCCAGGUGACCCAGGCCCUCCAGGACCAGUGGGCAUCAAGGGUCCCAAAGGUAUGGUAGAUAUGAUGCCUUGUGAAAUCAUCAAGUUCGCUCGUGAAAAUUGCUGUAGUCUGGGCAUUUCCAAAUGCCCAGUGUUCCCGACCGAGGUGGUCUUCGCCUUGGACAUGUCAGAUGACGUCUCCCAGUUGGAUUUUGAGAGGAUGAGAGACAUUUUACUGUCUCUGCUGAUGAAGAUGGAAAUCAGUAGGAGUAACUGCCCCACGGGUGCCCGGGUGGCCACUGUCUCCUACAGCAAUGGAACCAAUUACCUGGUUCACCUCUCUGAUCGCAAGGGGAGGCCCGUGCUCCUGCAGGCGGUCAGGCUCUCGCCGGCAGGCUCAUCUGGCAGCAGGCACCUUGGGGACGCCGUGAGGUUUGUGGCUAGACACGUAUUCAAGCGCGUGCGUGCAGGCCCUCUCCUGAGGAAGGUGGCCGUGUUCUUCCAGGCGGGCUGGACCCGGGAUGCAGGUUCUAUCAGCACCGCCAUGCUGGAGCUCAGCCUGUUGGACAUCACUUCUGUGGUCAUCACCUUCACAGAGGACCACAACCUCCCGGAUGCCCUGCUGAUGAAUAGAAGCAACAGAUUUCAUCUGUAUGUCUGGGAGGUGAAGAGCCAGCAGCAUGUAGAAGGCAUGGCCCACUGCACUCUCUGCUGUGAUCAGUGCCUCCUGGCCCCGGAGUGCGGGCAGGGCACUCCCAGGCCCCUGCAAGUGGACGUGGACAUCGCCUUUGUGGUGGAUGGCUCUCGCGGCAUGGGCGCCGACCUCUACCGCGCAGCCUUGACCCUGGUGGAUGCCGUGCUCGAAGAGCUGGAGGUGGCUAGGCAGCUGAGCGCAUCCCCCCGCGGAGCCCGCGUGGCCCUGGUGACACACACGACCCCCGGCUUCUGGCCUGGAGGGGGGCAGGCCCCCGUGCUCGAGGGCUUCCACCUGACUGCGUAUGGCCACCAGACGCAGAUGCAGAGGAGCGUCUGCGAGGCCGUGGGCCACCCUCUGCGGGGAGCACCCGCCCUGGGCCAUGCCCUGGAGUGGCCGCUGGAGAAGGUGCUCCUGGCUGCCCCGCUGCUCCGGAGGGCUCAGGUCCUCUUUGCCAUCGUGGCCAGCGAGACCAGCAGCUGGGACAGGGAGAAGUUAAGGACUCUAUCCCUGGAGGCCAAGUGCAAGGGCAUCACUCUGUUUGUGCUGGCCUUGGGCCCAGGCGUGGGGACCCGCGAGCUGGCGGAGCUGGUCCAUGUGGCCAGCUCCCCCUGGGAGCAGCACCUGCUGCACCUAGAAGGGGUCUCAGAUGUGGAGGUGACUUAUGCCCUGGGCUUCACGUGGGCCUUCCUGAACCUCUUAAAAAGCGGCACUAAUCAGUGCCCACCUCCAGAGCUCAUUGAGCAGUGUGGGGGCCCAAGCCGAGGGGACACCCCGCUACAACCCACCUUGCCUGUCAGGAGGUUGCCCAAGCGCCAGUGUGGCAAAUCUGGCCUUACUGAUGAUUUGAAAGCCCUCGAAGCAAAAGACUCUUUUCAAGAGGAGGAUAGAGAAGCCGCAAUGACGUCUAUCACUCAGCAAGAAGCCCUUGAGAACUAUGAAAAGAGUGGCUACGAUGCUGAAGAAAAUCAUCAAAAAGAUCCAGCAAAACUGAAAAAAACUGGAAAAGAAAGAAGUCCAGGCAAUGUCUAUGAUCCUUGUUCCCUGGCUCCAGUGAAAGGAGAGUGCCAGGAUUAUGUCCUGAAUGGUCCUAUAACCAGAAGGAACAGGCUUGCCGACAAUUCUGGUAUGGCGGCUGUGGGAGUGAUGCCAACUGGUUUGAGACCAAGGAAGCAUGUGAAACUGGUGUGUUCCAGUUUCCCUAUAGAGUCAGGAAGAGCCUCAGAGCUGCUGCCUCUGUCUUAAAAACUCAUGGAAUGCAGGUGACCUUUCCUGAGACAGUGCCACCCAGCUCAGAAGUGAUGAA